UCCAGGCUGGCAGUGAUGGUGAAAGCAUAGGAAACUGUCCCUUUUCCCAGAGGCUCUUCAUGAUUCUUUGGCUCAAAGGAGUUGUGUUUAGCGUCACAACCGUUGAUCUGAAAAGGAAGCCUGCAGACCUGCAGAACUUGGCUCCCGGUACCCACCCACCAUUUAUAACUUUCAACAGUGAAGUCAAAACGGAUGUAAAUAAGAUUGAGGAAUUUCUCGAAGAAGUAUUAUGCCCUCCCAAGUACUUAAAGCUUUCACCAAAGCACCCAGAAUCAAAUACUGCUGGAAUGGACAUCUUUGCCAAAUUCUCUGCAUAUAUCAAGAAUUCAAGGCCUGAGGCUAAUGAAGCACUGGAGAGGGGUCUCUUGAAAACACUGCAGAAACUGGAUGAAUAUCUGAAUUCUCCCCUCCCUGAUGAAAUUGAUGAAAAUAGUAUGGAAGACAUUAAGUUUUCUACACGUAAAUUUCUGGAUGGCAAUGAAAUGACAUUAGCUGAUUGCAACCUGCUGCCCAAACUGCAUAUUGUCAAGGUGGUGGCCAAAAAGUAUCGCAACUUUGAUAUUCCGAAAAGCAUGACCGGCAUCUGGAGAUACUUAACUAAUGCGUACAGUCGGGAUGAAUUCACCAACACCUGUCCCAGUGACAAGGAGGUUGAAAUAGCAUAUAGUGAUGUAGCCAAAAGACUCACCAAGUAAAACAGCACUCAUAGCAGAGAUGUCUUCAUGUCUUCUCCCAAGAAUAUGCUUUUCCUAACAGACUGCUCCUCUUCCUAUAGAGUAGAAAUUAUAUUUUGCAUGAACAUGCAGUUAUUCAAGAUUAGGAUCAAGGAUAGAUAUAGUUUUAUCUUAAAACAUACACUCCUAAGCAGUAUUAUUUUAAAAUUCCUCUUAUCCCCCCUUACCCUCCCCCCCAGGUCCCUCUCUUCUCUAAUUUGGAGACAGUCCAUCAUGGCAUUUGCCAUCUUGCGGGAGCCCUCACCAUGGUGUCCCUUGACUGUGUAUAGAUGGUGGAACUUCUGAGGGGCAAUGUUUAACUGUUCAAGUAGUAGCCAUGACUUAAUCAGGCAGCCCCAAACUAGUGCAUAAUGCAUGGUACAAGGAAUAUUUAUGUGGUUGGGGAUUUUGUAAUAUUUAGUAAGAGUAUAUGAAAGGAUUGCUACUGUAUCAGAAAUGUCAUUUCAGAUUAACUUAUCCUGGAUAUGUGCUAAAGAAUAUCACCACCAAGAAGGGGGCCUUCUACAGAAAGGCACUACAGAUUUUGCUAUUUGGCUUGGUAGAUAGAUUUUUACUUUUGCCUCAGAGCAUGUAUCUUUCUUAGCAAUAUAACGUCUGACACUAUGGAACCUGGAAGUUUAGAGGGUAGGAGAGUCUUCUCUAGAUCUUCCUCAAGUUAUCCUUACAAGGGAAACUGAUGGGCACCUGACACUCUGUCUCAACGUGUUUGUUAGAUAUAUUUUGCCCAGAGCCAUUCAUGUGGAGCAUGAUUACUUUCUUCCCUUAUUUUAAAAAGCUCCUUUUUAGGUAAGCGUAGAGCUUGCUGUUUGUAGAUCUUUUGAGCAACACUACAUACGUUGAUACUUAGUUGAUUUAGCUAUAACAGUACAAUGAUUAGUAUUGUAAAAAUUAACACUUAGAGACAUUAACCUAAGGAAUGAAGGUGGGGUUUGUCAAAAUAUUAAGUAAAUAUGUUUGUAAAGCAUAUUUAAUGUAGUUGAGCUAAAGAGUGCAUUAUUCAUCCUAUAUUAAAAAUAAGAUAAAACCCAGUUUACCUACUUUCUCAUUUUGCCCCGUUUACCUUGUGUAGAGAAUUCUUCUCUCCUUUUGGACUAAAUUGUUAUGAUGAGUGUGUGUUUCUUGCAGUUUUGCCUGAUCUCAAGUUAAAUUUUUGUCCUUCCGUUAAAUUUUUCUCCAGCCACAUAGAGGAAUAGCACUUAACAUGGUUUUUUUUGGUUGUUGUUGUUUUUUAAAUUAGAAGUCUUAAAUCAGGAAUUAUUUGUGCUCUAAUUAGGGAGGAUGAAUUUGGUGAAAAUGAAAGUUUACUAUAUAUUUAUUCUUUAAAAAAAAAAAAAAGACUUUCUAAGUACUUACUACUCCAAAGGCUAUAGUUGUAACCAUAAUACAUUUUUGGUGAUUUUUAAAAUACUUAACUUGUAUAGGAAGGGCUGUUUCUUAUAGGCUGUUUUUUUAAAUGUUAAGGAUAUUUCUUUAACAUGUAGUAAGCUCUGGCUUUAUGGAAGUAGCCUUUUAUAAACAUACUUCAUUUUGUAACUGUCCAUACUUACCUUAGACUAAAAAGAUAAGAAAAUCUCCAUUUGUGUCCAUUUGGCUCAGGGAGAUUCCUUGGCACUACCUUUCUUAGAAUCCCUUAUUACUGAUCAAAAGUUUGAGCACUCAUCUUUUUGUAAUUAAAUAUUGGGUAAGGAUUUAUGUUGUUCUGAGAAGAAGCACUAUCCAAUUUACUAUUGAGAAAUUAUAAUGCAGUAGCUUCAAUGGGUGAAGAAGUGAUCCAUCUGUACCAGUACACAGGCAGGCAUCAUCACACCUCACCUACUUUUUAAAUAGCGGCAACUUGGCAUUCAUUCAGGUGGUAUUGAGCCUUGCCUCAUAGCUUAAAGUAUGUAAAGGAUUUGAGGGCGGGGAGCGUCUGUUCUUUUUAGUGAGUGGGGGACUCAGUGGUGCAGAGUGGAGGGCUAACAAGAAGAGCUCCAUUCUUUCAGAUGGGGUGAUGAAAAACACAUUCUGAAACUCAGAGUAUUUCACUUUGGAUAUUUAUUUAUUCUCUUCAUUGUUUUUCAUUUAUCCAGUGAUUACACUUGGCUAUCUUUGUGAAUAUCCAAGUAAGGCAGGUUUACUGUGAUUUCAAUGACGACAGACUUAUUUUUCUCUGUAGAAAGACAAAUACUACUUUAUCACAGAAGUUAGAUGAAAUUGAGAUUGGCAAACGGACAAAAGCUAGUAAAAAGAAUGAUCCUCCAACAGGCUUUUACUCCAUCAAACGUUUGUAGAAUCUUGAGAAGUUUGGGACAAAAGAGUUUUCAUGGCAGGCAGUUCAUGUAGUAUAUGAGUUGACAUAAUGGAAACUACCUGACUUUAUUUCUAUUAAUAAAUAACUCCCCUUCAUUUAAACACCUUUUGUGUUUUACCUCAGUGAGGUGAUUGGAGUCUAAAUGGAAAGUCUCACUGUUUUCCAAGAGAUUCUGAUAAAUUUUUUAAUUCAACAGUUGGAAAGUUUUCUACUACUCUAAGUUGAUGUGUAACGUCCCUUUUUUGAUGUAUUGGAGAUUUUCUAUACAAUUCUGUUACCUCCUUUUACUAGGAUUAUUAACUUUUCUGAUAAAAUUUAAAUGAGAUUUUAUUUCUUGGUAACUUUGGUUUUCACAAUUUAUCUUUAAACCCUUGAGCAAUCUGAAUACAAAUAUUUCUGACAUUCUUACACUGAGAAUCAACUCUAGAAUUUAGACAUGCUGAUUUUACUGCUGUCGGGUUUUGAAUCUCUCCAGAGUUGCGUGUAUAUAGCUUUUAUUUCUGUGCAUUUAACAAAACCCAUUUAGAGAAUAUCUACAAAGUAAAAAUGAGAAGAAAUAGAAAUGUAUUUUUUCAUGAACAUUUUGAUAUACAUUUCAUCAAGUUUAUUGAUUCAGUAAUUUCUUAUACUGGUUAUAAUCAGUACUUAAUUUAAAAAGAGGGAAGCAUUCAUUACUAAGUGAACUUUUUAAAAACUCCAUCCUUUAUAAAUGAUCAAGGUUUGGGUCACUAAAAUUAUAUUUUUAUCAUGGAAAAAAAUUUCCAGCUCCUCAAGCCAUAAUAUUGAACAGAAUUGGAGUAUUUUCUUUAGAAUUUCUUGAGCAGAUAAAUGAAAGCUUAUUAUAGAAUGCUUGUAUUUUCUUUUCUCUUUGGAACAUCAACACCAAUAUAUUUCUGGCAGCUAUUGUAUUAAAAAAAUAAAGUAUAUUUUCACUAUCAUAAAGGGUUUCUUUUUUUUCUCCCUCAUGAAAAUAAAUAACAACUUGGG